AUGUCUAAGAAAUAUUCGGGUCGCACAGGGUGGAUUUCGCUAAAACUUGAUAUGAGUAAGGCUUAUGAUCGAGUCGAGUGGGAUUUUUUGCGAGCAGUUAUGGACAAAAGAGGGUUUCCUAGCCGGUUCAGCAGGCUGAUUCUUGAAUGCAUUUCCACGAAGGUUUUUCCUUCUUUACGACGGGCAGAACACCUGGGAAAUUUGGUAGGGAUGCGAUGCAGCAGGCGAAGUUUGAGAAUUUCGCACCUUCUUUUUGCAGACGAUUCUAUCAUCUUUACAAAAGCCUCUACGUCGGACAUGGGACAUAUUUUGAGCAUUCUUGAUCAUUACAAAGCUGCCCCUGGACAUUUGAUAAAUUUGGAAAAAACAGCCAUCACUUUUUCUCCAAAUAUCUCAGCUCAGUUACAACAAGAAAUUGGGACUCGAUUGAGGAUUCAUGAGCUACAGGCUCAUGAUACUUAUCUCGGUCUCCCGUCGGUGGUUGGACGUAAUAAAUCACGCACUUUCGCUAGCAUUCGGGAGAAAAUUUGGAAAAGACUUAAAAGCUGGGAUUAUCGCUUCUUCUCCUCAGCGGGCAAAGAAGGUCUUCUCAAAUCUGUCAUUCAAGCAAUGCCGGUCUAUUUCAUGAGCUUAUUUCGAUUUCCCAAUUCCAUUUGCAAGCAGAUUACAGGCCUCAUGCGAAAGUUUUAG